AUGCGCCAGUCCUUCGUUACCUCCACUUUGCUUCUAGCGCUUGCUUCGAGCUGCUCUGCAGGCCUCCUCGGUCGCCCUUACCACGUUCGCGAACAGAUCCCUCAUGACGGCCAGUAUAUCGACGUUAACGCCCUAAAUAAUGCCACCGAAUGGUGGUGGGUUCAAGUCGCCGCCCCCGCUGUAGACGGCCAGUCUCCCCCGAGCUUGCACGUCACCUUCUACCAAGGAUAUCCUCUCUCCGCUGUGAAGGAGCUCUCCGGCGGUGCCAACGCCCCCGAAAACUACAUCGUGAUCAACGGUGCCUUCCCGAACGGCACGGUCUUCGCGUACACUCUCCCUGCCACCUCCAGCACGGUCUCGCACGUCGGCGACGCCGUCAGCGGCGACUGGGCCGGCGCGGGCUCGUUCCAGAACUCCGCGGAUCUAUCCACGUUCACCCUCACCCUCGACGCGCCCGAGCUCGGCGUGAGCGGCACGCUCGAGAUCUACAGCGACGGCCCGUCCCACUUCGGGUGCAACUCCACCACAUCGCCCUACUUCGAGAGCGCGGUCCCAGCCGAUGCCGAGCUCUCCGCGAACGAGGAGAUCUUCUUCAAGCAACUCGGGUGGGCGACCUCGCAGCCAGGCGGCGCCGCGCGCGUGUCCGUCUCGCUCGGCGGGAGCGAGCUCUCGUUCUCGGGUGUCGGCUACCACGACCAGAACUGGAUGCCGGCCGCGAUCGACGGCUUUAUGGACGACUGGUACUUCCUCGACGCGCAGGUCGGCCCGUACGACCUCUCCGCGGUGUUUGCGGCGAUCACGGGCUCGACGCGCGACUUCAACACGGGCUUCCUCGAGCAUGCGGGCACGGUGCUACAGAACCAGUGCAGCCUGCAGGGCUCGCGCACUCAGGACCUCGUCACGAUCACCCCGUACGGGGUCGCGUUCGACGAGCCAAGUGGGGUAAACGUCAUGAGCGGCUUCGUGCUCGAGUACACGCUCAAGAACGGCGACCUGUACUCGUUCAAUAUCACGGGCCAGAGCCUCGUGCUCGACCAACCGUUCUACCAUCGUUGGGUCGGCUCUGCGGUUGGCGGGAAGGUCGGCGGGGAGCAGUUCACGGGGGUGUCGCUGUACGACUGGCUGAACCCCAGCCUGCGCCCGUACCCCUAG